AUGAAAGUAAUCACUAAAAGCUUGACAAGUAGAAUCAAACGAUUACGCAACUAUGUUCUGAAACUAAACAUCUAUGGUGAUGAAAAUGAUUCGACACUCAUUGAUCAAUUAUUUUCGACACGAAUAUUUCUCCUUCUAUUAUUCAUACUUCUGCUUCUUAUUAUAGUUUAUAUCAUUCUUAGUGUUCAAACUCAUUCGGUGACUAUUCAGUCUCCCUCAGAAUCCACAUUCACGCAACUGUUUCAACAGUAUCCAAGCACACUCUCAUGCCCAUGUUCACACACAUCUGUUCGACAUGAUCGGUUCCUCUCGCUCAAUCCUCAGUAUCAUCCCAUUUGUACAAGUCGAUUAGUUAAUCAAUCAUUUAUUUCAUUAUUAUCUUCUGCGAAUGUGAGUGAGCAUUACGACAAUAAUUAUCGGACAAUGGCAACAUCUCAUUUUCAAAUUCUUGCUUUACUUUGUCAGACAGUUCGACAAAUGAUUGAUGAUUCUUCCAGUGAAUUCUUCUCACAGCAUUUCACUACUUCAGAAGUUGUCUCAAAUGAAACAUUCAAUGCUCAGAUGAAUCAUCUUGUAGAACAAUUGAAAACAACAAAUAUUGCCAAUAUAAAACAUACAAGAGAUUUUCUGUGGUUGAACGUGUUCUACAAUGGAAUUUAUUCGGGAUUGAAAACAAACUUUCGAAUUGAACACUCGUAUCGUCGUCGUGCAGUCUACACUGUGCAUUAUUAUUCUUCUUUAAACGGGACCUGUGAUUGUCGUCGAUCUAUUGAUUGCACUACACAAGCUGCAAUCACAAAGUUAGUACCGUCUAAUGCAACUGUAAAUGCAACGAUGCCUGUGCAUAAUGGAAUCAGACUCUUUAACAUAUCUGGUCUAAAAGUUGGUUGUCUGCCAUACAACUCAUUACUUCAAUCGACUCUUCAAUGUUUCUUCAGUCAGUCGUGCAUUGAUCAAAUUCAAGAGUACCUCCCUGCAUUAGCCUUCGUCUCUCCGCUCUCUGCUCACUCUCGUUUCCAACAAAAUGCAACGGUCAAACAUCUUCUCGAUCAACUCUUGAUCGAAUCAUGGAAUCAAAUCAACAAUUUCACUGCUUAUUUUCAAAGUUGUUCUCCUCACUCAUGCACAUAUUCAUAUGAUCGACGAUUCAAUAUUCUUUAUGUCAUUAUCAAACUCAUUGGCAUUUUUGGUGGCUUGAAGAUGGUGUUGAAGUUCUCUUCUCCACUCAUUGUCAAACUUAUUCGAUGUGUUCAAACGUGUCGAUGCAUUUUGUUAUCUGAUGAAACAGAUGGAUUGUAUUCGACACGACUCUACAUCAUCUCAUAUAUCAUUGGAAUCAUCGUGUUAGUCUUCUAUACUUCGAUAUCAGUUCAGAUGCGAAGUAUCACUGUACAUGAGCCAAGUUUAACCGAAUAUGAAGGAUUGUAUGGUAAAUAUGGCAGAACAUUGAUCUGUCCAUGUCGUCAUCUGUCUGUGUCUUAUUCUUGGAUUAUUCAUCUCGAAGUCGAAUAUCAUCAAGUAUGCUCGAGCGAGUUUAUCGACGACAAUGCUUGGUUGUCAUAUUUUAAUGCGAAUAUUCGUUCCUUCUUUGUGUUGGAUUUUCGAUUUGAAGGUUCAAGGUUAUUUCAAAUACUUCAGACAUUAUGUGGAUUAUCGAAUGAAACAGUGAGAAAUCAACUGCGUGUGUUUAGUGAAACGCAAUUCAUCAAUGCACAUGUUGUGUCAAGAGAUACAUUCCAUAUUCAAACAUCCAUUCUAAUCGAUCAAUUGCAACAACAGACUUUUGACUCAUUUCUGACAAUAUUUCAACUGGUUCGCGAAUCCAUUCAGCUGAAUCAAUUUGCGCUAUUAGGUGAAAUGAAUUCUCAAAUGGGAAUAUACACCAGAAACAACGGUGCUGUAAUACACCGAUUUGUGCCAAAUAGUGACUACGAUUAUAACUGUUCAUGUGGCCGAAGUAUUGACUGUCGACGUUCACAAGGUUUUUACUAUGCCGCGUCCGGAUAUAAAUCAUGGAAGAAUAGACCAAAUCAGACUAUACCUGGUUUAGUUGUAAGUUGUUUACCUAUCGACUCUCUUCUUCUAUCAACACUUGAGUGUUUCUACAACUCAUCAUGCAUUCAAAUGCUCAUCGAAUGGCGUUCAUUUAACUUCACAGCUCAAACAAAUGAUUCGCGUUUCACUAACGUCACUCCACUCGAUCCAAUGCGUAACACUCGUUUUCCAUCUAAGAUCAAACUCGAAGACAUCGUCUCACAGCUAUUCAUCGAAAAGUGGAUCAACAAAACUAACUUCACCGCAUUCUAUCAGCAAUGUGCACCACACACAUGUACUUAG